AUGCCAGCAAUUGAUCAACCGGCAUCUUAUUCCAGCCGUGGCCGUGGAAGUCAUACAGUGCCACCAGUUACUACUAUUGCGUCACUCACAGUAAAUAUCGUGUUACCUGUUUCAGCAAGUUCACCGAUGGAGGACUUACCCCUUGAAUUGCCGAUUGCAAUGAACGUCACUUGUCCUCAGGAUUUAAUAUCCCCCAUUAUAGCUGGAAUUACGUACCAAGGUAACAUCGUUCUGCCAAAUAUAAGUUCUGAAUCUUCUGGCUUGUUUAACCAAGCCGGUGGUUCACAACUUGCUGAUUGGAGUAGCCGAUACGAUAUUCCUAUCCCAGCAACUGAGACAACUGUGCAGUUAAGAAGAGCACCUGUGUUGCCUGUGUUGCCACAAGAAACCGAAGAAUCCAGUGACUCAGAGAAUGAGAAUGAAACCACACGCCAACCUAAUUGGCAUACGUAUAAUUGUGGUAAAAGGAAUGCCCUGACGUUAUUCGACGGCCUAGGAUACAGCUACGGUAUAAAAAAACCUCGUCUAAAACAACGACGUGGCGAUGUAACAAUCGUGCAAAACCGAAGGAAUGUGGAGCUCUGGUGUGUCAACGAAAUGGCACAUACAUACCAGGGAAAACUAAGCACGCAUGCCAAAAAAAAGGAUGUGUCAUUCAAGAAAAUUAUUGUAGCUGAUUCAAAGGCAAAGGGGAAAGAAGAGCGGUUCACAAGUGCUCGGCGCGUGGUUCAACCUAUUCUUCAAAAGAACUUCGAUGGCGCACCGGAAAAAGAACUGCCAAAAAUGAAAAACGUCAUCCGUGCUGUUCAACGCGGACGAGGACUACAUAUACCAUCAAAUCCACCCGACUUUCGCUUUGAUUGGGAAACCUACAGUGGAUUCAUCGAACCGGGAUUCUAUCGUGGUGACGUCGUGGUGGAGACUGAGUGCACUUACGCACGCCAUCUGAUAUUCGCAACGGAUCGUCAACUGGAGCUGCUCCGCAAUGCAAAAAGGUGGUACGGCGACGCUACUUUUGGUAUUACGCCAUCACCUUGGUAUCAAGUUUAUUCUAUCCAUGCAUUCAUUCGACAUGGCAAUUUAGAUACCCAAGUCCCCCUUGUUUUUGUUCUUAUGGCACGCAAAAGGGCUUGCGAUUAUCGAGUUGUGUUCACACACAUUUUGGAUUUACUUAUGGUACCGGCGGUUGAAGAAUUUGUCAUGGACUUUGAAGCUGCUGUAUGGCAAGUUUGUAAAAGCUUAAUGCCUCAUGUCAAGCUUAUGGGGUGUGCUUUUCACAUUGCGCAAGCUAAGUUUAAACAUUUAAAGGAACUUGGAUUAGGCCCAUCUUAUCGAACUGAUUCUCGGGUUAAGACAUGCUGCCGUCAUAAAUCAGUCAAUUCUAUCUUUAAAUUUGCUCCCUGCUGAAAAAAUCAGAAAGCCUUUCGAUAAAAUUAAAGAGCAAAUUGAGAUGGAAGAGGAUUUGCAUGAUCUUUUAUCGUUUUGCAUUUAUGUUGAAAACACCUGGAUUAAUAGCUCUAUCUGGCCCCCCGAAAAUUGGCCUAUGUUUAUGCAAAUGCGCAGAACCAACAACCAUGUAGAAGGAUUC